AAACACUUUCCUCUCACUACCACUAAAUGUUCACAACAUGGCUGAUUAGGAGAUAAUUAACUUUUAUAUCCCAAUUAAUUUGAUACACUGAGACGAGCUUUUUAUAAAAGGAGGACUUUGCAAGAGUCAGCAUCUUCUCUUGCUGGAUCUGCUUUUCUCGACAUUCACGAUGCAGCUUUGUGGAGCUCUGAUCCUGUUGAUGACUCUCUCUGCAGCGUGUGGAUUAAAAUGCUACACAUGUGGACUGACUGGCCAUGUCUCUUGCACAUACAUCACAUCUUGCCCUUUUAUGAUGGAUCGUUGUUUCUACUACUAUAGCCAAGAUUUAACUCUUAAGGGUUGCCAAAACAGUAUUGGAUGUGUAAGCCCUAUAAGUUGCUGUGAGGGAGACUUGUGCAACAAUGCCAUACCUACUGGUCCCAGCAUGAUCCUCCUGCUGGUGUCCUCAGCCAUCAUCACACUCUUUACUCUGUAA